UCAAUCUCCCGCCCCUCUGCAUGGUGUUCCCGCCCGCGCUCCUCUGUCUCGCCGUCCCCUGAAGAAUUUUUGGGGGUUCUGCUUUUCAAGGAGCUGCAAAUGUUGCUGUUGGUUUAAUGUUGAAGUUGCAACCGAACCCAUCAAAAGUGGGUUGGAUUUUGAGACUAGAUCCUCUGAAAUCUUGAAUUCUUCAAGCACUUCUGCAAAGCCAAAUUCCCCUAGUAAGAUUGAAACUCUGGUAAAGAUGCUUCUCCGAGAAAGUUAAAUCAAAGGACGCAAAUCAUAAGUGAGUUGGAUUUUCUAUCUAUUCUCAUUUUGCAACCAAUGAGGCAUUUUGUCAAACAAAUUUACAUGCAAUCAAUUUGUGCCUUGAGAUAUAUCUUUAUCCAGAGCUCAAUCCCCUGCAAAUUUAUUUUCUUACCAAAAUCCCUUCAAGCUCCUGCACAAAAUAUUAAUAUGUUUGCCCAAUUUAUGCAUUCAGUUGCAUUCUCUUGGCAGAAAAUUCGCGAAACAAAAAAUAAAACAAAUAAAAUAAAAACUCCGAUGCAUCAUUAGGUUCUCUUAACAUCUAGGGUUUCAAACAAGAACCCGAAUGGAGGGAAGCUUAUAAAGGAAACCCAGUAGCUAAUCCUAGUUUUGGCCAAAUUAGCAAAUCUCAAACAAAAAUUCAAAGCCUCAAAAUACUCCGUACUGCACAAAAUUCCUCAAACCCAAUUAUAGAUGAUCUGUUUGGUAAAUAGCAUAUCAAAACCAAUCUCCCUACCGUUGCCGACGGGAUCUAAAAACAUGAAAAGUGGAUCUGAAAAUAUCGGGGUUUUAAAGCUAACAGAUUCUUGAGCUUGAAACAAGAUUUUUGCAGUUUGUAAACGAAAAAAAUAGCAGAGGGGUAAAAUUUGUUUUGAUUGGAAGCUCAGUUCCUGUGGCCAUUUGGUCCUGCAGAAGAUUUCGAGUUGAAAUUUAUUUAAUAGUACUUUAUGGCGGUGGCAAAGUCAGCAGGUUACAAUGGACAAUUGUUGUAGAGCACUUCGUACGAUUCUGCUUGAUUAUAAAAUCAAAUCUGGUUGAACUUUAUGUUUUAUCUAAUCGCGUGCAGUGUCUACCAAUAGUGCAAUGGCGUUCUUUUUUACUAGCAAAAUUUGCUCACAUUAGGUCUUACGCUCGCCCUCCCCACACCACCAACUGGGAAUUAUACCGAGUUCUGUCACCGGUAACAAAGGGAAUAAAAUGGGGGAUUCGGUAUCCACGAACCAGAUAACCUCAUUAAAUUUUGAAACGUUGGAGGUAUCUGAGCAAUCAUUGCGUCUGACGACGCUGGUGGAGCAACCACGUUGCUGAGAUGCCUCAGAGCGAGUUAUGACGCGAGAAAUAUAUGUGGUUGUAUUUGCGGAGAGGAAGAAAUCCUCUGCAUUUACAAUUUCACGGCUGGAUUUGGUUGAAAGAUGAGAAUGUGGACAGUUGCAGCGGCUGCAGCGCGUGGCCUUUUAGGCAAUUGUUGGAACAUGGAUUCAAUAGAUGACGGAAAUAGGAGACCUAGACCGAGAACAAGAAACAGAACAAGAAAUGCUCCGAAUUCUUCUGCAAGUCAGGUAGAGAAUUAUGCAAAUCCAAACAAGUUUGGCAUUAAUGGAGGAGCCUAUUCUUCGUUAUCUUCAGAGAAAGAACACUCCAAUUCUAGCUCUAAAUCGCAAGUUACAGAAAAUAAAGCUGUUCACGUUAACAGCAACCCUCGUCUGGCAGAUACAUCUGCAGGCUAUCUUUUGGUUUGUUUUGGAGUUGGCAUUGGCAUAAUGUCAAGCAGGAGGGAAAUCGAGAGGCUUACCUGUUUGCUGAGACAAAAAGAAGAAUUGGUUGAGGACCUAGAGGAGGAGCUAGAGAUGCGAGGUCCAUGGACUGUGAAAGACCUCACCGAUGAAGCUCGUAAUUGUUUAGGAACCUCGCAACAUCCCUUGGGUAUAGAACAAGGGCAAAGUGACGCCUCUUUUGAUGCAUUGUCAAAGGAGGCCUGUGAGGUUGAUGAGAGAACUCCAGGUAAUGGCCCUCUUAAAAUAAUAGAGAAUAUGACCAGUAUUGAAGCGGAGCUUGAAGCCGAGUUGGAGAAACUAGAAUUCAACUUGCUUUCAUCUGAUCACCAUCAGAGAAAACUUUUUGGAAUCAGUGAGAUUGAUCCAGAUUACAUUGCUGAUGUUGUUAAUGGAGAACUCAGAGAGGAUGGGCUCACGUGUAAUGCAGAAUCAGAAGAAGAUAAUAGUUUUUCAAUACAUGUUGGAUUUGAUAUAGAAAACUUCGCUGUUUCACCAAGGGAUUUGGAAAGACGCUUGCACGAGGUUAUAAUAUCAAGGCUUCAGGAUCGCAUCGUAGAGCUUGAAACAGAACUUGAAGGUAGUCAAACUAAAUUGCACGAAAUUAAAAUAUCUCAGAAGCAAUCAGAUGAGCUGAAUCAAAUUUCCCAAUCAUUAAAUUCAGAAAGUUCUCGAGGACUUCAGAUGGCAGCAAAUAGAAUGUACCAAGCAUCUCAAGUAGGGCAGGCUUCUUCUCAUACCUUUACCAAUCAACAAGUUUGCUUUGGAAAUGGCCAUUCUUCUUGGGAACCAUCAUACUCUGCACUCAAGCCUAUGGUCCAAAGCGAUUCAUCAUCGACAGGCAAGAGUGCAUACAAUCAACCAUCUAUUGUUGCUGCACAAGGAAAGCAACAGCCCCAUCACACAAAUUCUGAGAUGGCUAGUGACUCAACUUGCCCUCAUACCCCACCACAAGCAUUAUACAAUCAACCCAACAGCUCUGCAUCACCAGUAGAAGCCACAUGUGCCAUCAAUGGCAACAAAAUUCUGGUUGGUUUUGCUUGCAACCUUGACUUAUUGCUUGGAGACCAGAAUGUCAUCUAUGGCGGGGAAGAAGCAGAUCAAGAGAUUAAAUUUUUUGAGACUAGAUCCUCUGAAAUCUCGAAUUCCUCAAGCAAUUCUGCCAACCCAAAUGCCCUUAGUAAAGAUGAAAGCUCUGGUAAAGAUCCUUCUCCGAGCAAGUUAAACUCAAGGAAGCGAGGGAGAAGUGGGUACAUCAAAACUGAGUUGGAUUUUGAUGGUUUGGUUGCAACUUCAGCAUUAGAUGUGGUCAGAUCAGGUUUCAACAAUGCAGCAUCAACUGACUGCAUAUCUCCAUGUCAUGCCUCUAUCACUCGCAGUGAAAUGGAUUCUGCUGACAUUCCUAUUAUUGAUCCUGAACUUGAUAAAUUCAUAUCAGAUUUCCUUAUGGAUUUUGGACUGGAUUCAGAGGAAUUAGGAUCUGUCACUACAUUAUUGGAUCAACCUGAUGACAUGUGUUACAUGACAUAGAAAAUCAAAGUUGUGGAAAUGCAAUCCAAACUUCAGUGAUCUUUGGUAGUUAUCUCUCCAAAGGUAUUGGAGUUUUCACAAAGGACAUGAGCAUUCAUGCUGCUGUAAAGGUUAAGAAUGUUGCAGACACCAGCACCAACCAAAACACUUCUAAUUGCAAUGCUUCUGUAAAGGUCAAGAAUGUUGCGGACACCAGCACCGAUCAAAAUACUUCUAAUUGCAAAGGUCGUAAUAUUAGGGGUGUUGCUGGUCAGGAGAAUUUACCAAUACUACGAGGUAGUACCAAAUAACCAAAAAAAUUUUAAUGGGGAGACGGGUGGGUUGAGGGUCCCCUAUUAUGCUCACUGUAAAUCCACUAUGGGGUUGGGGAUACUGUUUCUGCAAUACUACAUUGCUCAAACAUUAUGGCUUGCUGUUGUGUGUAUCGAUAUUCAUACAGAAAGAAAACAUUCCCGUAAAUUGUAUUUUUGAAAAUAUGGGAUCUUUUGGAAAGCCAUACAUGUUUUUUUUUAUUGUAUGUCCCGUAAAGAAAACUUUACACUGUAUCAUCUGCAGAUCCUGAUUAUGGAAUGAACACGUUUUGUGUAUCAUCUCAUUUUAUUAAAAGUUAUUCUUAAUCGUUGUACUGGA